GUUUUUGGAUUUCUAGGUUCCUAGGUUUUCCUAGGCUUCCAUUGUCAGUGCCAUUGACAACCCUAGCCUAGAAGCAUUGACAUCAGACAGACAGCUUUGUCCGUGUGGUUUCUUGUCAUGGUUUCUUAACGAGCGGUUAUUUCUUAGGUCGUUUAUCAGUUUUCGUUAACGGUCUUGGUUGUGGUUUCUGCUGAUCUGAACCAAGCAGAUUCCGCCAUGGAUCAGCAUCAGUAUCCAGCAUUUUCGCCAAUAUCAGCAACCGCUACUCGUCUUACCUUUGAUAACAUUCCGCUCAACUCCCCUCAGCUCACCGCUUCGAAAUCUUCCAUGAAGAAUGCCACGCCGAAGGUUCUUGACACGUCAGCAGCACCUGGAAGCAGCGCCAGACGCAGAAACAGCACACCAGGCUUCAUUUCCGCCGACGGUGCCGACAUCGUAACCGUGGAUGGUAACCCGACUUCGCGAGGCAACCCGUCGCCGCCUGUGGCGAAAGAUGCAUUGGCUGCCAUCGCUGCAGUGUCGUUGAAACCAGCUCCUCCCAGGUCGACCGGACGGCAGAACCGAGCUAUAGUUCCGGUUGCGGAGACGAGGCUCGAAGAGGAGGAGCAAGUCUGGCAACGGUUUCGCGAGUCAGGGUUGGACGAGGUUGCGGUUUUGCGGAAAGAGCGGGACGCGCUGAUGGAGAAGGCGAACUCGCUGGACCAAGAGCUGUACGAGUACCAGUACAACAUGGGUCUGCUUCUGAUGGAGCGGCAGAAGUGGCUGCCCAAGUACGAGGACGCGCGAGCAGCUUUGGAGGAGGCAGAGGCGGAGCUGCAGCGCGAGGCGACGGCGCACAGGGUCGCUCUCGCCGAGGCCAAGGAGAGGGAGAAGGCGCUUCAAGACGCGCUCGCCAUCGAGCAGGACUGCGUUUCGAGCAUGGAGCGAGCGGUGAAGGAGCUGCAGGUGGAGGUGGAGGAGACGAAGAAGCACGCGCAGACGGCGCUCGCGGAGGCCAAUGCCACCAUGGCGGUUGCGGAAUCCAAGCUCCAGGCGGCGGAGGCGGCGAGGCUGCAGGUGGAGGCGAGCCGGAGCGAGGCGAGCAGGAGGAUCGCGGAGGCGGAGAGGAAGCAGCAGGAGCUGGAGGCCCGGGAGGCGACAGCCAGGCGCGAGGUUCAGGCAGAGAAGGACAGGCUGGACGCCAAGGCACGGGAGAUGGAGGCUCAGAAGGGGUCUCUGAGUGACUGGGAGGCCAAGCUCAAGCAAAGGAAUGCGAAGAUACUGGAGAGUGAGAAGUUGCUGGAUGCGAGGGAGGCGCGCAUAGCGGCAGCAAUGGACGAGCUCAAAGCCAUGGAGCAGCAGGCGGAGGCGCGCAAGGUGGGCCUGCAGGAGGAGGCGCGGCGGCUGGAGGGUGCGCGCGAGCAGGCGGAGGCGGCGGAGGAGCGCGCGCGGAAGGAGGGGCAGGCGGUGGCGGAGAUGAAGGUGGCGCUGGCGAAGCGGGAGGGCGAGCUGGCGGUCCAGGAGGACAUGCUCGUGGCACGCGAACAGGACGCGGUGGGGCGGGAGAUGCGCGCCAAGGAGGCGGAGCUGCGGGUGGCGAGCGAGCAGGAGAGGGUGCGCGAGUGGGAGGAGAGCCUCAGGAAGCGGCAGGCUGCGUUGGACGACCUCAAGGCCAAGCUGGCGAGUGAGAAGAAGGGGCUGGACGAGGUGGAGGCGUCUCUCAGCAGUGGGCGCGCGCAGCUGGAGGAGAUGCAGGCGCAGCUGCAGAGCAAGGAGAGGGCGCUGCUGGCGGAGCGGGAGAGGCUGCAGGCGCAGGAGAGCGAGGUGGAGGGCCUGCGCGCGCAGGUGGAGCAGAGGGAGGAGCUGGCGGAGCAGCGCGAGCAGGGCGCGCAGAGGAGGGCGGAGAGGGCGGGGGAGAGGAUGGCGGAGGCGGAAGGGCUGGUGGCGCAGGCGGCGAGCAGGGAGAGGGAGGUGGAGCAGAGACAGGCUCAGCUGGACAAGGAGUUGAGGAGGUUGGAAGCAGCCAGAGCAGAGGCGCAGACGGAGAAGCAGCAGCUGGAGGACCUUCGGGAGAGAGUGCGGUCAGAGAGAGCCGAAGCAGACGCGGAGAAGCGCCAAGCAGCAGCCGCUCUGGCUAAAGCGGAGCAGACUAUAGCGGAGGCGGGGGCCAGGCGGGAGGCAGCACAGGCGGAAAUGCAGAGGGCGCAGGAGAGGCUCGAGGAGGCGGAGGAGCGAGUGCAGGAGCUGAAAGCGGAGAAAGAGAGGUUUGAGAAGGAGUGGGAGGUGCUGGAUGGGCAAAGGGAGGAGGUAGAGCGGAUGGAAGUGGAAGUUGGGAAGGCGAGGGCGAAAGCAUUGGCUCAAGUGGAGAACGAGAGGGAGGAGGUGCGGAGGAAAGACGGGGAGGUUGAAGCGAGGUUGGAGAGGGGGAGGGAGGAGUUGGAGGAGGAGAGGAGGAGGAGCGAGGCGGAGUGGAGGAGGAAGGGAGAGGAGGUGGAGGCGGAGAGGGAGGAGGUGGAGAGGGAGCGGGAGAAGGUGGGUGAGGAGCGGAAGGCGUUGGACGAGGCUGCUGCGGAGGUGGAAGGGCAGAGAGAGGCGCUCAAGGCAGAGCGCGCCGAGCUGAGGAAGGAGAUUGAGGAGAAGAAGACGGUCUUUGCCCAGCUGUCGCAGCAGCAUGCUGCGUUGGAGCGGAAGGGGAAGGCGGUGAAGGGUGAGGAGGAGAAGGUGAGGGAGAUGCUGGGGGAGGUGGAGAAGGGGAGGAAGGAGCUGGAGCAGGAGAAGGAAGGGUGGAAGGAGCAGCACCAGCAGAUGCUGAGCGCCGUGCGGGCAGAGCGAGAAGCAGUGGAGGAGGAGAGGAAACGCCUGUCAGAGGAGGCUCAAGAGCAGAGGAGGAGGUUAAGAGAGGAGGAAGAGGAGGUGGCGCGGGCGAGAAAGGAGGUGGAGGAAGGCAGGCAGCAGGUGGAGAGGGAGAUGGAAGAACUGGCGUUCCAGAGAGCGGCGCUGCAGUCAGAGGAGGUUGAAAUCGGCAGCAGAAUCGAGGAGGUGGGCGCCCGGGAGAUGGCUCUAGAAGCGGCUUCAGAAGAGCUGAAGAGGAGAGAGACGGCUGUAGCGGAACGGGCGGGUGAAGUAGAGGCGGCUCUGGCGGCUGUAGCGGGGAGGGAGGAGGAGGUGGUGCGGGCGCGGGAUGAUCUUGCGAGAGAGCGGGAGAGGAUGGAGGCAGAGAUUGAGCAGCAGAAACAGGUGGUGCAGAUGGAAAGGGAAGGAGUGGAGAUGGAAAAGCAGGAGGCGGCGGCUAGGUUAGAGGCGGAGAGGGAGAAGGUGCGGAUUGAGAGAGAGGUGGUGGCGAAGGAGAGGGAGCAGGUGGAGAGAGAAUCCGAGGAGGUGAAAAAGGCGCUGGCUGAGGUUCACAGGCAGAGGGGUUUGCUGGGAGAAGAGAGGGACGCUGCUAGGAAGGAGGCAGCUGAGCAUCGGGCAGCGAUUAAAAAUCUUGUUGAGGAACGGGCAGCGGCGGAACGAGGGGCGAAGGAGGCAAGGAACGAGUGGGAGAAGGCCAAGGGUGAGAUGGACGCGUUAGAGAAGGAGAAGAAGGAGAUAGCGCAGGAGAGGGCGAGGCUGGGAGAAGAGCAGCGGGACUUUGUCAAGAAGGUAGCUGUGGAACGAGAGAGCGUGGCUGUGGAUCGGAAGCUCGCGCUUGAGAAGGUCGAGAGGGAGGCGGCGGGGGUGAAGAGGGACAGGGAGUCUCUGGCGAAGGAGAGGGCCGCGCUACUGAAGGAACGGGAGAGAGUGGAAAAGGAGAAGGACGGCGUGCAGAAGAAGCUGCUUGAGGUGCGGGUGGAGAGGGAGAAGGCACGGGAGGAGCGGACCAAUACCCGGCAGGAACUGGCGGAGAGCCGAGCGGAGCGGGUGAAGCUGGGCCAGCAGAAGGCGGAACUGGAGAGGGAGAUCAAGGCGCUUCAGUUGGAAAAGACGGAUGUGCAGGGCGAGAGGGUGAGGAUGGAGAGAGCGAGGGAAGAGCUGGAGAAGCUGAGGGAGGGGCUGGUUGCAGAGCGGGCGGAAGUGACUGCUGCUAUGGGGAGGCUGGAUAGGGAGCGGCUGGAUGUAGCCGCUAUGGCGAGGAGAGAGAGGGAGGCGGUGGAGAAAGAGAAGGCGGCUGCUGAGGCGAAGAUAGAGAAGGAUGCUGCAAGGGUGGCGAGGGAGAGAGCUGCUGUGGGGAAGGAGAGGGAGGCAGUGGGGAAGGAGAAGGAGGAGGUGGUUGGGGUGAGGGAGGAGGUGAGAGCGGAGAGGGCUGCUUUGGCUGUGGAGAGGCGGGAGUUGAAGAAGGACCAGGCGGAUGCUAGGGGUGCUGCUGCCGAGCUGAAGGCGGCUAGGGCUGCAGCAGAGAGGGAAGCGGAGGUGGUGCGGAUGGCUGCGGCACGGGCGAGGGCAGAGCAGGAAGCAGCAGUGAAGGCUGGGGAGAGUGUGGCGGCGGAGAGAGAGAAGCUUGCUGCUGCAGCGGGCGAGCUGGAGAAGGAGAAGGAGCUCCUAGAGAAGAUGAGUUCCGCUGCUGCUGCUGAACGGGCGGAGCUGGCAACGGAACGGGCUGGGAACGAGGGGCUGCUGAGGAAGAUUGAGGAGGAGAGGGAGGGGGCGAGGGAGGAGCGGGAGAAGGAGAGGAAGGAGAUUGGGGAGCGGAUUGCGGUGUUAGAAGGCCUGGAGAAGCAGCAUGUGGAAGCGAUCCAGGCGGCAAGAAACAUCCAGGAGCAGAGGGCGAAGCUGAGGGAGGAGAUGGAGGAGUUGGAGAGGGAGAGGGGGAGGUUGAGGGUGGAGGAGGCGAAGGUGAGGGAGGGCGUGCGGGAGCUGCAGGGUGAGCGGGAGAAGCAGAGAGUCGCGCUUGAGAAGGAGAGGGAGGAGGCUGCUGCUGCUCAGGCUGCCCGUUCCGCUGCUGAAGCUGAGAGGCUGGCUGAAAGGAUGGCAGAAUUUGAAUCCCGGAUGGAAGAGGAGAAGGCUAAGCUGAGGAGGAUGCGGGAGGCGCUGGAGGAGAAGAGGCUUGCAGUGGAGGAGGAGAGGGCGAGAAUCGAGGGUGAGAGGGAGGAGCAGAAGAGGCAGAGAGAUGAGAUGGUGGUGAAGCGAGUGGAGCUGAAGAAGGAGAUAGCGGAGAAGGAAGCCGAGGUGCUGCAGGUGGAGCAGCUGAGGCGGCGGCAGGAGAGGGAGCUGAGGGAGCUGGAGAAGCAGCGGGCGAAGACCAAGGAGGAGAGGGAGGAGGUGGAGCGGCAGAACCUGGAGCUGGUGUCCCGCCGGGCGAAGGCGGAGGAAGAGGUGGGUACCACGCUGGCCGGGAUUGAGUCCGAGAGGGCUGCUGCUGAGAAGGAACGGCAGGAGAAGGAGCGGGAUCUGAUGAUGCGGUCUAGGAGACUUGAUGAGGAGCAGAGGAGGCGGCGGGAGGAGUGGGAGGCGCUGGUGGAGGAGGAGAGGAAGAAGCUGGAGAGGGAGAGGGAGGCGGUGGCGAGGGACAGGGCGGACACGCAGCGGCACUGGGACGAUGUGCAGAAGAUGAUUCAGGAGCUGCACCAGCAGCGGCGGCAGCUGAAGGAGGAGAGGGAGGCGGGCAGGAAGACGGAGAGCGCGGAGCGGAGGCUGUCGGGGGGGUCGAGCUGGAUCGCUGGGGGCCAUGACCUGGCGGAGCAGCUGCGGUUCGCCAGGGAGAGGCUGAAUGAUGAGCGGGAGGAGUUUGAGAUGCAGAAGAAGGAGCUCGAGGCCCAGCGCCGGUCAGUGGAGAUGGAGCGAGAGGGCAUGGCGAGGGAAGCGGAGCGGCUCAGAGUGCUCAAGUCUGAACUCGCCACCAUGGAGACCUCUCUGCUGGCCUCACCUGGCCAGGCCCAGGCGAAAUCUCAGGUGCCGCCAACAGAGGCAGCAGUUGCAGCAGCAGCAGAAGAGGAAGUGGAGGCAGCAGCCGCUGCAGCAGCAAUGGGGGUUGGCAGGAACGCCGGAGAGGGGGGUAUGUUUGCAACUCCUGGGAAGGAAGCAGGGGCGAAAUCCGCUCUUCCAACCACCCCUACCUCUGCACUUGCUGCUGCUGGGGCGGGUGUAACCACUGCCAUAGAUGCCGCUGCUGCUGCCGCUGCUGCUCCACCCAUGACUGAGCCUCCGAAGCCGCGUCGGAACUGGGCACUGGAGCAAUGCAGACGGACUGCAUUUGGCUUGGCUAGUCUGUGGGGUGCCGGUGCUGGUGGUGCUGGUUCUAACAAGUCGCCUGCUGGUGCGGGCCCGUCAGGGAUGGGUGAGGAGGAGAGGGAUGGGUGGAAGGAAGGCGAGGAGGGAGAGAAGGAUGGUGGGGAUGAUGUUCCUGAUGCUGACAAUGCUGAUGGGUACGCUGAUGCUGAUGGUGAAGGGGAGGAGGAGGCAUUCAAGGAUGCUGAAGGAAUGCAAGUUGAAGGGGCAGGGGAUGGUGCUGCUGUUGUUGGUGUGGCUGUUGCUGCUGCUGCUGUGGGGACUGCAGGGGAGCAGGCAGAUGGUGCAGGAGUGGCAGUAGGUGUUGUGGAAGUGGAGGCUCAUCUGGCUGUAGCAGCUGUAGCAGGAACUCCUGGUACUGCAGCCGCUGCUACAACCGCCCCUGACCCUUCCAAACCUGCUGCCAACCCUGCCACACCGGCCAGAGCACCCGGGGGAAGCCAGACCCCGUCGGGACGUGUGAGGCGCAGAGGCGGGGGGGGAGAAGGGGACGGGUAUGCAGGAGAGGAGGUGGAUAAGCCCGUGCGGAGAUCAGCAAGGAAAGCAACAGCUGCUGGGUCGGAGUCUCAGGGUUUGAGUGCAGGAGGGGUGGGGGGGUCACCUACCAGCUCUGUGAGGGGUGGGGCGAGGAGGGGGAGGGUGGCAGGAGGAGGGAGGAGGGGAGGAAGGGGAGCAGGGCGAGGAGGGGGGAGGAGAGGGGAGGAGGGAGAGUCAGGGAGUAUGGAGAGUGUGGAUGAGGAGAAUCUGAGUAGGAAGAGGAGGCGGGGGGGAGAGGAGGAAGAGAGGGAGGAGGGGCUGGAAGCGGAGCGGGAGGAGGGAGGGGGUGAAGAGGAGGACGGGAAUAGUGAGGCUGGGGAGCUGGCAGGUGGGGGGAGGGGAGGGAGGGGACGAGGUUCGGGGCGGGGGAGAGGGAGAGGUAGAGGAAAAGCAGCAAAGCUGAAGUAGAGGGAGAGAGGAGGAAGGGAAGUGGUGGUGGAGUGGUGUGUGCAGAUAGGGCAGGGGAAAUGGGAGGGAGUAUUAGGGGAAGGGAAUGAAGAAUGGGGGAGGAGAGGGAGGAAUAUAGUACGCAUCUGGGUUAUGGAACUGUAACAUUUGUGUGGGUUCUUAGGAAGUAAUGCAGGAGUCGUUUUGUAGACUACAGUUCUGACAGUUAAUGUUGUGACAAGGCGGUGUAAUAGAGAGACUAAUGUAGCAGCAUGGUUUAGUUUAGUGUUUUUAAAACUACUAAUGGUACUAUUC